UCUCCCUCUCCCUCUAACUCACACAGACAGACACACGCAAACACUUUAUUUCACUUUUCCUGUCUAACUCUGUUGUCACGAGGAUAAUGACGAAACCUUCCAAAACUUUUUAAAAGGAAUAUUACCUACAAUCCUGGUCUGCAUGUGGAUAACUAUACAACAUAUGAAGCCAGGACCAACCAGAGCUGUAGCACACUGACAUGCACAAGGUCUUGUAAGCUUUGACUGUGAACCGUGCUAUCAAGGAAAUUCCUCAGUCCUCCAGGGUCACCUCCGUGGGUUCUCUAUCUGGCGGUUUAUACAGCUGCACAAGCUUCUGUUUCCACAACACACACAAAAAAACACACGGAGCAGACUGUGCUUGGGAGCUUAAGUCAUUAUUUGCCACAGCUCAGGCUGAAAACCAUGACUGCACAGUGAAUGUGAGGAAGACGCUCCUUCUGUUGGGAAGCAUGACCUGAAGUAGAUCCCUCUCAUUGUCAAAGAAAACAAAGGAUAAAGGCACUCCAGGAAGACGUGAUGGCUACUGAGGAAAAUCAGACACAGGCUGGGGCUGCUGUUUUGGCUCAGCAGACUUUACCUCCAUCCACCACAAGCAGACCCAGCAAAGAGGCUAGGAACACAAAGGACAACCUAGAUGGACGCAGAUACUCCGACCAAUCAUGGAAUUUCAAACACCGGAGCAGCCCAUCCUUACUCUUACAUAGGAAGUUGUCAUGUGACAGUGGGAAAGACACAAUUUCAGAUGAGGAGUACAAGUUUCUGGAUUAUGGCUCAAAACUUUUAAGUAAAGGGGGCAAACUUAACCCAGAGCAGCCAGCUGGCAACAAAACUGAAGGAAUUUCUAACACAGACAUUUCGAUACGUAGUAAUGGUUUGGAGGGAUCUUUGGGCCAGCUGGAGAACUCUGUAGAGGGCGUGGAUGCAGAUAGAAACAGAACUGGCAGCACCCACUGCUCCUGCAACAUGUCAAAUCUAAAGAGGAGUCCAAAUGUAUAUUGUUGCUCCAGUUCAAGUCCCAGCUCCAGCCCUGUCCACAGUCCUCAUGUCAGCCCAAAUCAGCAAAGGCGGCGACACAUCCGCCGCAGCAGCAUGCCUGUGUCUAUGUUGACUUUCCACAAGACGUCAUCCUGCUAUUCUUCUCAGUGCAGCACAUGCAGUGAACCGAACUCUUUGGUAUCAUCUCCCUGCAGUUCCCCUCUUUCCACUCACCGUCAGCGUCCCCAAAAUGGACACCUCAAACGGUGCCAUCUCAAUGAUGGCUACUCGAGUUUAGAAAGGCUCAACAGAAGGCCCAGAGUUAAUAAAUGCUCUAUGGAGAAACUUUUCUUACGACGUGCAUCGCUAGAAACGAUGACAGCCACCACGAGGAACAAUGAGCGGUUUUCCUCAGAGGUGAUGAGAACCUGCAGUGAGGGCAGUAGCAGCAGUGAUGACGAGGAUAGUGACAGCCUUUUGGGUGACCCAGAGUUUGAUAGGAACCGCAAAGAGCGUUCCACCGUCUUGGUUAGGCGUUUCUUCAAGAAUAAUCAAAAGGUGACUAAGUCGGUGUGCACAGGAACAAGAGCAAUUAUGAAGACGCUGCCAUCAGGUCGCAUCUCAGAGGAGGUCUGGGAGUUAGUCGUCUACCACAGGAUACAGCAACCUAACAAGACAAACUUAUCAGUAAUCUUGAUGUGCAGUGUGAGAGAAGAAAUCAGAGUCUGCAGGGGGAUGCUACGUUGUGUUGGAGAUAAACCACAACAGGUUACUCACCAUGUGCAGCACAGAGAGGAAUCAAACCUGAUUCAUCCAGCCAAAAAGCUCCUACUGUCUCAUUCUGGAUGUGUGGGUGUCCACAUUAGCAGCAUCAGCCCAGACAGAUUGGAUUUGAACCUCUGCUUAAGCACCCGGGACUGUCGUUCUUCUCAUUCACCAAGGCUUUAUCGUGCGUGUGACCAGAGGACAUCCGUGUGUUCGCUUCUGACAGGAGCUCUGCUGGAGGCCACGACUGCUCUCGGUGCCCGCUCCACUCUACCUUACCCUAUGCCCCAAGGCCCCAACGGCCACGCCGUGCUGAAAGAGCGCCAGCUGGCUAACAGUAUGAGCAGUAGCAGCUCUCUUCCUCCCAGCGUCAGUGGGAUCAGUAAGGAGCUGGCAGAUGUGCGACACCUUGUGCAGUUCCCAGAGGAGAUUGCCUGUAUACUCACCGAGCAAGAACAGCAGCUCUACAAACGGGUCUUUCCUUUGGACUACCUCUGUUUCCUCACCCGAGACCUUGGCAGUCCCGAGUGUCAAGCCAGGCGUCACCCAAGCCUAAAGGCUUCAGUGUCUGUGCCCACCAUGCCUACCCAGAAUGCUCAGCGAAGUAAUGCUGUGGAGGACCUGGUAUCACGAUUUAACGAGGUGAGUUCGUGGGUUACGUGGCUCAUCUUGACAGCAGGGUCCAUGGAGGAGAAGAGGGAGGUUUUCUCUUACCUGGUCCAUGUCGCCAAAUGCUGUUGGAACAUGGGAAACUACAACGGUGUCAUGGAGUUCCUGGCUGGACUAAGGUCCCGUAAGGUGCUGAAGAUGUGGCAGUUCAUGGAUCAGUCUGACAUUGAGACAAUGAGGAGCCUGAAAGAUGCCAUGGCUCAGCAUGAGUCUUCUGCUGAGUACAAGAAGGUGGUGACCAGAGCACUCAAUAUCCCAGGAUGCAAGGUGGUGCCAUUCUGUGGGGUUUUUCUCAAGGAGCUCAGUGACGCAUUGGAUGGAACUGCAAGCAUCAUCAGCCUCAAACCACCUCCAGAUAACACAGAGGACUCAUUAGAGUUUGUUUCUGACUACAGCGGCCAACACAACUUCAUGUCACGCUCUGGUUCUGAUGGUCUACACAUCCCAGAGAAGGAGGCUACAGUCAGCAACAUCCUCCAGAUUAUCAGAUCAUGUAAUCGCAGUCUGGAGGCAGAGGAUCCUGAUGAUGCAUCCACCAGCCCCUCCUCUUCAGGCCCCUCCCUGUCAUCCAGAAACAACUCCUUUAGGGACCGCUGCCGCAAUCACUCCUAUUCAUUUAGGACAGCGGCAGAAUCAAACCAAGACCUAUUCAUGGUGGGGGACCUGUCAGAUUCAGAGGGGGACUUGUCGUCUGAAUCGCUGGUGAAGGAGGUGGAGUUUCAGGGAACCGAGGAGACACACAGAGCAUUCAGCCAUGGCACAGAGCUCAUUCCUUGGUACGUGUUGUCACUUCAGCCAGACGUUCACCAGUUUCUGCUGCAGGGGGCCACAGUCAUCCACUAUGACCAGGACAGCCAUCUCACAGCUCGCUGCCUGCUGCGACUGCAACCAGACAACACAACACUCACCUGGGGUAAACCUCAGAGUGGAGGGGCUUCCCUCUCAGAGCCACCUGUGGGAUUAGGACAGCCUGUCAUGGCAGGACUGACAGAAGGCCUUCUGGACCUGGGAGUAGUAAAGGCAGUGUUCCUGGGUCAUCAGGGAGUGGAUGUUCAUGCAGUAUGUCUGCAGAAUAAACUGAGUCAGAUGACGGUGGAGGAGAAUGGUCUCAGCCUCCUCUACGGCCUCAGCACCACUGACAACAGACUGCUGCACUUUGUGGCCCCUCACCACACGGCACAAACGCUCCAUAAGGGCCUGUCAGAGCUGGUGAAUGCAACCAGGAAAUUAAAGAAGUUUCCUGACCAGAGGCUGCAGUGGCUGAGGAGGCAGUAUGUCAGCUUGUAUCAGGAGGACAGCAGGUACGAGGGCCCUACUCUGGCCCACGCCAUCGAGCUGUUUGGCGGGCGCAGGUGGAACAUGAGUACGAGUGGAGUGGAGAAACCUGCAGCCCAGAAAAACAGUCCACUGAGUAUCAAUGACAAAGUCAAGAAGAAGAAGAAGGUCCUUGUCAGGGGAGACAGUGGGGACGCCACAGACGAUGAGAUGGUUUCAAGGAAAACACGGAGCUGUAAAGAGGGACUGUACCGAAACGGACCAGAGUCUGACAGUAUCGACCAAGAUGAGCCAGAUGACAGCUUCCCUGGACCUUUCUCCCUCUCAUCAAAUAAAAGCCCUGGAUUGCUGGCAUCCUCUUCCUCCUCUUCAUCGUCCUCCAGCAUGGCUGGGUCCAACCAGUCUAACCGCCCCCAAUCCUCUCCGAUCCUCUCAGGAAAUUCAAAGUCACAGCCGGGGGCUUGGAACAGCAGGUCAUGGCAUGGUCGGGGUAAAGGCUGCUUCAAGGGUUUCCAGAACCUCAUGAUUUCAGACAGCACAAUGAGCUUCAUCGAGUUUGUCGAACUCUUCAAGUCAUUCAGCAUACGCAGCAGGAAGGACCUGAAGGAGCUCUUUGACACCUUUGCUGUCCCAUGCAAUCGUUCAGGCCCAGAGUCUGCUCCUCUCUACACAAACCUCAGCAUAGAUGACAAAGACACAGGGCUGCAGCCAGACCUUGAUUUAUUAACUCGCAAUGGUUCAGAUCUUGGCCUUUUUAUCCGGACGAGGCAGCAGAUGUCAGACAACCAGAAGCAGAUCUCCGACGCUAUUGCAGCAGCUAGCAUUGUGACCAAUGGGACAGGGGUGGAAAACUCUUCCUUAGGCGUGCUGGGAUUGGCAAUCCCUCAACUAAAUGACUUUCUAGUCAACUGUCAGAGGGAGCACCUAAGUUAUGAUGAGAUUCUCAGCAUUAUACAGAAAUUUGAGCCUUCAGCAAGCAUGAGACAAAUGGGUUGGAUGUCAUUUGAAGGCUUUGCCAGGUUCCUGAUGGAUAAGGAGAACUUUGCUUCUCGUAUUGAGGAGUCACAAAUGAACACAGAGGAGCUGCAGUACCCUCUGUCCUACUACUACAUUGAAUCUUCUCAUAACACCUAUCUGACAGGACACCAGCUCAAAGGAGAGUCCUCUGUAGAGCUUUACAGUCAGGUGCUGCUGCAAGGCUGCAGGAGUGUUGAGUUGGACUGUUGGGAUGGAGACGAUGGCAUGCCAGUUAUUUAUCAUGGACACACUCUGACCACUAAGAUUCCCUUUAAGGACGUGGUGGAAGCUGUGAACCGCUCUGCAUUUGUCAACUCUGACAUGCCAGUCAUACUAUCCAUCGAGAACCACUGCUCUCUGCCACAGCAGCGCAAAAUGGCCGAGAUCUUUAAGAUGGUGUUUGGCGAUCGUCUCGUGACACGCUUCCUCUUUGAAAGUGACUUCAGCGAUGACCCUCACCUGCCGUCGCCGCUGCAGCUGCGAGGGAGGAUCCUCCUCAAGAACAAGAAGCUCAAAGCUCACCAGGCGCCCGUGGACAUCCUCAAACAGAAGGCUCACCAACUGGCCCACAUGCAGGCCCAGGCCAGCAAUGGGUCACCAGGGGUUACAUCACCCAGCAACCACACUAACGAGGAAGAAGAGGAGGAAGAAGACGAGUACGACUAUGACUAUGAGUCUCUAUCAGAUGCUGAUGUCCUCACAGCCUCUACUACCUCAUAUGGCCUUGAAGAUAACAUUCUGGAUGACAAGCCAGAGGGGAAGAGCUCAGCGGACAAAGAGGAGCAACCUGUAGAUGAAGUACCGAAGAGGAUGAAAAAGUCAGACUGCACUACACAAAGCAAAGGAAAGGUGUUUGACAUGGAGCUUGGAGAGGAGUUUUACCUUCCUCAGAACAAGAAGGAGAGCCGUCAGAUCGCCCAGGAGCUGUCCGACCUCGUCAUCUACUGCCAGGCAGUGAAAUUCCCCGGCCUGUCCACACUGUCUCCGGCUGGCUCUGGCAGAGGGAAGGACCGUGGAAAGAGCAGGAAGUCCAUAUUUGGCACUGCUCCUGCUCGCUGCAGCACAACAGGCGAGGUCAUUACCCAGAACCGCACCCCUGGGAAAGGUGGCGCUGAGCGGUUGAGCUGGGAGGAGCAGCAGACGUCUCCCAUCCUCAACCCUCCGACUUCACUCAGUGCCAUCAUUCGCACACCCAAAUGCUACCACAUCUCCUCUGUCAACGAGAACGCCGCCAAGCGCCUGUGCCGGCGGUACUCGCAGAAGCUGAUCCAGCACACAGUGUGCCAGCUGCUCAGGACUUACCCAGCAGCCACCAGGAUCGACUCCACGAACCCAAACCCACUGCUCUUCUGGCUGCAUGGCAUUCAGCUGGUGGCGCUCAACUACCAGACUGAUGACUUGCCCAUGCAGUUGAAUACAGCUCUGUUUGAAGCUAAUGGCGGCUGUGGCUACGUCCUGAAGCCGCCAGUGCUGUGGGACCGCAGCUGUCCGCUCUACCAGCAGUUCUGUCCCAUGGAGAGAGAUGUGGAAAAAAUGAGCCCAGCAAUCUACUCUCUAACUGUUGUCUCUGGUCAGAACGUCUGUCCUGGUAACAGCGCGGGCAGCCCUUGUCUGGAGGUGGACGUUUUGGGCAUGCCCAUCGACAGCUGCCACUUCCGCACCAAACCGAUCCACCGAAAUACUCUCAACCCCAUGUGGAAUGAGCACUUCACAUUCAGCGUGCACUUUGAGGACAUGUGCUUCCUGCGCUUCGCUGUAGUUGAGAACAACAGUUCCCAGACUACGGCUCAGAGGACUCUGCCUCUGAAGGCUCUCAAACAGGGUUACAGACAUGUCCAGCUGAGGACACAACAUAAUGAAGCUCUAGAAGUGUCGAGUCUGUUUAUUUACAGCCGCAGAACAGAGGAAGGGCCUACAGGCGGUGUGACUCCCGCAUCAUUGUUGUUCAGCUCAGAGGAGAAACGUGCAUCACAGCAGCACAGAGUGACAGUGUACGGAGCACCGGGUCCUGAGCCAUUCACCGUCUUCACUGUCACUGAACAGACAACAGCCAAACAGCUGCUGGACACGGUCUUUACGUUGGCAGGGAACCCAUCAGAGUACUUCCUGUGUGAGGAGAGGAUACCUCUGUUGAAGGAGCGGAGUGAGGUGAAGCGCUCUGCUCAGCAGCGUCCUCUGGCACCUGAAGAGGAGGUGGUCAGACUGGUGUCCGGCUGGAAUACUGAGGAGGGAUAUGUGGGGAGAAUCUGCCUCAAAACCAGAGAGGAGUUUUUACAGAGCUUAAAUGAGAAGAACACGGUUCUUGAGGGGGAGGAGGAGGUGACAGUUGGAGGCAGAGAAGGAGCAGGAGGAGGUGGAGGAGGCGCAGAUGAUGAUAUGUUCUUCGUCCAGGUCCAUGAAGUUUCACCAGAACAGCCUCACACUGUGAUCAAGGCGCCACGCUACAGCACAGCUCAGGACAUCAUACAACAGACUUUGUCAAAGGCAAAGUAUUCCUGCAGCAUACUUUCUAAUCCCAACCCAAGUGACUACGCUCUGAUGGAGGAAGUGACUAAAGAUGCUGGAUCUAAGAAGUCGUCAGGCACCAAACCCCUGCAGCGUCUGCUGCUGGACUACGAGUGCGUCUAUCAAGCUCAGAGCCGCUGGAAGGGAGCGGGGAGGUUCAUUCUUAAACUCAAAGAGCAGGUGGUGCGAGAGGACAAAAGAAAGGUCAUGUCCUUUGCCAGCGAGCUGAAGAAGCUGACGAGUCGCAGCCGCAGCAUGACGACCGGCGUCAGCGGAGUGGAUGGUCCGGCGCAGAGGUGUCUGUCUGCAGCUGUGGGUCUGAAGGCAUGGGUGGCAGAGAGCAGGGCUGGGUCAGGAAAGUUGCUACAGGCUGCCUCCUCUUCCUCCUCAUCCUGCGCUUCCUCCUUUAGAGGUCACCUCCAACCUGUCCAUCUGCCCACCUCUUCUCUGACCCCUGCUGCCUGGAAGCUCCACCUUCUCAGGAACUGGAAGAUCCACAAAUGAAACCCAAAGAGGAAGAGCAGCUCAGGUUGACUACUUCUAAACCAUGGAGGAUUCUCCUUUUCCUAAAGGUGACCAGCAAUGGUCUAAGGCUGAGUCCAGCCCCUAAGCUCGGGCCAGCGUCUGCAUUUCUUGAGUUAUCUUGAUUGGAGGUCCCACUGGGUGUCACCUUAGAGUGGUGAUGUUGUGGGUGUGUAGCUCUGGAGCCUUUGGUUGUAGUCUGUAAGUGCAGAGGAAGCUGCUGUGCUGUGUUGUGAUCGGGGACAGAAAUCAACCUCUCCGUAGUAGACAGGAGAGAUAUGUCAGAAAGAAAGAUUGAUUGUAAAAUUGAAAAGAUUUGCUAUUAGUUGUGCUAGUACUUUCAUUUUCAACAUUACAAAAAAUAAGAGGGCUUCAAAAAAGCAAAUUCUUAAAACCUGAUUCAAAAGAUUCAAUAGCCUGUGUCUGACUAAAGGCCUGUUUCUGUUCAAAAUAUUUUUAAAACACUCCAAACCCUUUUACCCCUUGUAUUUGACAAGUGAAGCAUAGCAGACAGAGGCAGAUGUGCUUGUAGAAAUGAAAAGAUAGAUGUAGGAGAGUGUUGGCUGAAGAGUAUUUGUCUCUCUUCAUCAGGGAGGGGCUCGUACAGCUGAGAGUGUUUGAAGGAAGCUGACAAGCUGGCUUGUUUGAUUCUUUCCUGGCUGUUUCCAGUUUUACAGUACUGUAGCAUUUAAAGGCAGUGCAGAUGGGCAGGGCUCACGGAGAGGCGACAAUAUUUAGAUAAACUACACUACCCCAUCUGCCCUAGAGGUUACAAAACAUGAGCAGCAUUUAGAGGCAGUGUAAAUGCACAAUUGUCACUGUGUGCAGUAACACUCACUUUCUCACACUGCCCUUAUUUUCCUGUAAGUUGUAGCUGUAACUCUGAAGACCAUCUGCUGCUUCUUUCACAAAGGAUUUUAGUUCCUUAAUGACAAGAUAAUGACAACAACAGACAUCCUAUUUAGAAAACAACUGUAAUACUGUUUAAAAAAAUAAAGUAGAAAAUUAUUUAUUUUCAGUUAUUGGUGAUGAGGGUUGUUACAUUUAAAGCUGCAACCCUAAUCUAAAAGCUUAUGAUUAUUAAAAAUCACAAUAAUCAUAAUGUUCAAGUAUAUGUGGAGAGUUACUCCAAACACUUUUUUAACAAAUUAAGUGUAAAAUCUCUAAAAAAAAAAAAAAAAAAAAAAAAAAAGAAAAUAAAUUGUCCAUUUAGAUAACAGCUUAGAAAGGACAUUACAUUCCAUGUUUUGUUCCUAAAGUUUGAGAUUUUAAACUAAUAUCCUCAGUUUUUCUUUUAAUUGUGUAGAAAUGUGACGAAGGAAGCAAAAAGAUCUUUUGAAACGAUGCAGCUGAGUCUUCUCCAAACAGCAUUUUGCACAUUUUUUCUCCUUGCUGUCUUUGUCAGUGUUUGUUUUUCCUUUCUGCUCAACAACUGACAGAGAUGUAGUCCUGAUGAGACGGUUUAUUGUGAUUAUUUUGUUAUUACUUUAAUCUCAGCCCUUUUAUAGAUUAGGCAUUAAGGAAAUCACAAGAUAAAUGUCUAUUUUUUUCUAUUUCUUCUUCUUCACAGAUUGAACCCGUGUGUCGUCUAAACCCAAAUUUAAAAAAAAAAAUCCCCUUAGAAAAACAUUUAAAGCAAAUGAUUUGCAUUUCACCUUUAUAUCUAUAUAUUCAUUCUUCUGAAUUUGAACUGCAGUACCUUUAUUGAUCACCAGUAUUGAUUAUUAUCAAUCAUGGUGGACUUUUCUUUAUUUAUAAAUGCUGCUUUUCCCAAAUGUAUCCAAAACUUGAUUUAUCUGGGGACAAUUUCCCCUUUUUUUCUUUUUAUAUGAAACAUUUCCCUGCUUUUAAACCUUUGGCAAGAAUUUUUUGGAUACUCGUUUUUUUUAUAUUUUUACAUUUUGUUUGGCAUUUCAUUUAUUUAAACCUAGAUCUUCCUGUCGGUGUAGUUUUGCUGGUUCUGAAAGGUCCUACAAGAUUUCUGGAUUGACAAAAAAAAUCUUUGUGCCAGCUAAUUAUGAGGAAAAAUGUAUAAACCAUGACAUAGAUUUUAACAGAAUAUUUCUCCACAGCUGUCCCAGUGCACCUACUUUUAAAGAGACAGUUUCAUUUGUGUUUGACUUAAAGGACAUUAGUUUAGUUUUAGUCAAAGUGUUAAAGAGUGAGUUACUCCUAUUUUAACUUUGAACAAGAUGUUUUGUUUCUCAAGCAUCUCAAGCUCAAGUGAACACCUAAUUCUUUAAGUAUAGACACAAACUGUAACGUCCCAUAAGAUGAUACAUUUAGGUACACCUGUUGAACUGCCUAUUAUAUCUAUCAGUCAUGACAGUAAUCAGAGCAUAUAGGCCUGUUGACAUGCUCAGGAUGAUCCACUGAAGUUUAAAAUUAUUGUCAGAAUGACAGAGAAAGAUGACUUAAGUGACAGUAAGUGUGCUGUGACUGUUCUUGGUCUGGCAGUUUUUUAUGUUGUUUACACCAUAUUCUCUCCUUACCCUUUAAAUGCGCAGCAGAAAUCAAGAAUCAUCAGAUCAGACGAUGUUUUAUCAAUCUUUAUUGACUAGUUUUGCUGAGGUUUUGUGAAAAGUAGCCUCCUGUUUUUAUCUGACACCGGUUUGCUGUGGCCCAUCUACUUCAAGUUUUGACAUUCUGUUUUAGGGCUAGACGAUGUAUCAUUUAACAAAUGUGAUGGUGAUGUGCACGUGUUUAAUAGUCAUUUUAUGUGACAUGCUAUGUUAGUCAUGUGACCUGAUGAAUCUCUGGCUGCUGCCUCUGUGUUGUUGGAUGAAAACCAAAACUGUAAGCUUCGUCAUUUUUGUGACUAAUCUGAACUGAAACCUGCCUGAAAUCACCAUCAGCAGGUAGCGAACUGAGCACUGUGCAGGCUGAGCCUGUCUCAGGCUACAUGUGUCGGUGCUGCUGUCACAGAUACACCCACAGGAUGCUCAAGGCAGAACUAACCCAGACUGUGGGAGUGUGUGAGUUAGUGUAUUCCUGCUUUCAGCAGCAUCUUGUCCUGGUGCUUGUCAUCAGUGGUUCUGUAAUGGUCACUCCCUGCGUGCACUGUGGUAGCUCUACACUUUGAGCUUUUGUUUAAUCAUAUUUUACAGUGAUUGGGCUUGUCUGGCCAGCUAAACGUAAUUUCAGAUAUUGUUGCCAUGGUUGAUGGCACUAAGGUAACACAUGAACAAAUGCAAUCUAAAUUCUGAAAAGGACUUAAAUACCCAAAGAAGAAAAACACACAAAAAAAAUAUAAUGUUUUGGUAAAAAUGUAAUGAAUGUAUUUCUGGUUUAUUUUAAAGUCUGUUCAAAGAUGCUCCUCUAUAAACUCCUCUUUAUCGGCUUUAGAUGUAGUUUGUAAAAUACUCAGACCAGCCCAUCUGGCAAUAAAUAACAUAGUACAUAAAAAUCCACUAUUCUUCCUCAUUCUGAUGCUGAAUCUGAGCACCAGCAGGUCAUCUUGACCAUGCCUACAUACUUGGCUGAUGCCAUCUGAUUAGAUAUCUAUUAAUGAGCAGUUGAACUGGUGUACCUAAGGAAGUGGCCAGUGAGUUUAAUUUGACUUUCUUUUGGCAAUUAUUUCCCCAGUGCUGAGUGAUGGUGUUUGAGUUUUAGUGCAAUAGGAAUUUUCCAAGUUAAAAUACAUUUUGAAUAUAAAAUUGAUUUUUAUUAAACAAAUCUUGGCUUGUGGUAAUAGGACGCUUUUUUGAGUUCAUGGCAUUGAAGUUCGAUCAGAUCGUGAUCCAUGAAACCAUGACUCAGAAGUCACUGUAACUGUUUCAUACUCUUCAGCUUUUGAUGUUUGAAUGAAAGGAGGAAAGAAACAUUUUAUUUACAAUUACUUCCACCAUCUCUGCUGAUGGACCAGUGUGAGACAGAAAGGGAUGUUUUCUGUUUAAUUGUAAAUCUGUAAUCAUCAGCAUCCUUCGGGCAGAGCUGUGUUCCUGUUUCCUUACUUUCUAACCUUUAGACCUCAUUUCUGAAUGUAACAUUUCUAAAUGUGUUGAACCUGAGACGAAUGUUUGUGUGGAUAUUAUUUAUUUAAAUGUGAAGCCCUGGUUGGCUAUUUUCUUGAUUAAUAUUUGUGUAAUUUCCUGUAAGUAGUUUUAGCAUUUGUUUUUUAUUUAUUUCAAUAUUUGAGACGAUGAACUCUGCUGCCCUUUCUUUCUCCUGUCUUUACUGUAAAAUAUUUAGUGUUGUAUUAGUCCUUCUGGCUCUUACACAGCAGCAGCUUUUAUGUUUCUUCUGUUAGUUUUCAUAAAUAUGGACAAACUGAGACUUUCAAACUUCAUGGAAAGGUGUCUGUUGUAUUCAUUAUAUCCACUGAAUAUGACAUACUGUAUUUGUUGUUUCCAUAAGAUGUGCAGUAUACCCUUUAACAUCCACUAUCUCUGUCACCAUGUGGCUGUCAAGUGAACAUUUGUCUAUUUACUUGAAUUUUUAUAUGGAUUAGAAUUGGUGGAUUUGUCGAAUAUUAUCACAAUA